AUGUUGAAUAAACUUGUUUACUUGAGAGGUGUCGCUUCCACAGCAACAUCGGGUUCCCCUUUUGCCCACCACUACCCAUUACACUUCUCUUUGCGUUUCUGCACAACCACUUCAAAUUCACCCUCAUUUGCAGUAUCCUACCUCAUUUACAACUUUGGGUUCUCCCCUGAAUCUGCUUCCAGAACUUCUACUUCCUAUAAUAUUUCUUUCCAGAGCCCCGAAAAGCCUGAGUCAGUGAUCAGUUUCUUCAGAAACCGCGGUUUCUCUAAACCCCAAAUAAAUAAUAUGGUUAGAAAGCAUCCAUGGCUGCUUUCCUGUGAUCCCUGCAAAAGGAUAUUACCAAAGUUUGAUUUUUUUCUCUCAAAGGGUGUUUCUAGCUCUAAAAUUGUUGAGCUAGUGAGUACAUACCCUGAAGUACUAGCUCCAAGCCUGAAAAAUCAUAUAGUCCCAACCUAUGAAUUGGUAUAUAGAUUCUUGCAAUCUGAUGUGAACACUAUUGCUAGUAUGUGUGGUAAUUUAUUUUUCACUAGCGGCUAUCGUCCGGCACGCAACGUCAGAGUGCUGCAAGAGAAUGGAGUGAGAGAAUCAAACAUUGCACGAUUGCUUCGGUACCGUAGUAAGGCUGUGUUUUCCUCGACUGAUAUUGUUAAGUUCGUGGAGAAGUUAAAGGGUUUGGGGUUUGAUCCUUCAAAAUCAGCUUUUGCUAUAGCCUUGAUUGCCGUAACAAGUCUGAGCCGAUCGCGGUGGAAGGAGAAAGUUAAUGCCUUUAAAAAAUGGGGUUGGUCUGAUGAAGCCGUCCUUGAAGCAUUUAGGAGGUACCCUAGCUGUAUGUUGACAUCCAUUGAAAAAAUAAAUAUUGUGAUGAACUUUUGGGUCAAUCAGUUGGGUUGGGAUGCUUUGAACCUUGUCCAAUGUCCAAGGAUUUUAGGGUCGAGUAUGGAGAAAACAAUCAUUCCAAGGGGUCUUGUUGUCCAGUAUUUACUUGCCAAAGGCUUGAGGAAAAAGAGUGCCAGCCGUUUUAGCCCAUUUAUUUUUUGUGAAAAAGUGUUUCUUGAAAAGUAUGUGAUAUUUUUUAAGGAGGAAACAUGUCAACUAUUAAAGCUGUACCAGCAAAAAAAUUAUGUUCAGGGAAAAGAGGAGGAUAGUGGAGCAUGCGGGUUGGUGCAAGCCUUGGAGAAAUGGAUAGGGGUUCAUGUGGGUGUAGUAAAGAGAAAGGAUCAGGAUCAACAACAAAAGUAUGAAAGGUUUUAUUCUAGAAAGAAUAAGAGUAGACUUGGAUUUAGUGGAUUGGGAGGGGAUAUUCUCUCUGGUUUAGGCUCUGAUACAAUGAGAAAUACUUUUCUGGAUACAUGCCCCAAGCUCAAGCUGAGACGAUAUCGAUCAUGUCAUGAUAUGCCCGGGAAGUAUUCGGCUAUUGAGGUGGAGACGAAGAGUGUUUUUCCGCAUGCUGAGCGUAUCUCCACAUGCUGUCCGGGACGUAUCGGUGGUGGUUGUAGACAGCAAGGUUCUCAUUAG